AUGGAACUUUCCGCUCAAAUUCGACAUAUUCCACUGCAGAUCAACCAAUGCAGAGACGCUCCAUCCUUCCUCGACUGGCCAGACCUACGACAUAUCCCAACCCUCCCUCAACCCAUACCCCUCGAGCCUGUAGCUCGAGUACCUCAACACCCUGUCCACAACACAGGCGGCUACGAACGCGGCGGCCAGAUCGCCAAUCUCUCUGCCCUCCUCGCCAAGGGCGUACGCGUUAACCUGAAAUACGGCGAUGGAGACUGCGUCUGCAACUGGCCUGGGAGGGAGGCCGUGUCCUUCGCGCUCGCUGCUGCGACAAAGCCGGCACAGAAUUAUUCUAUCAUGUUCAAUUCCGCUGGCUACGUGCCGAUAGUCGCCAAUACGACGUAUGUCGGCGGUGUGGUGCGGCAGGCCGCGAAUCUCUCGUUCAGUCGUAUUUACGAUGCCGGCUAUCUCGUGCCGGAGUAUCAGCCGGAGACUAUAUUCACGCUGUUCACGCGGAUCAUUCUCGGGACGGACUUGAGUAGUGGUGAGAGUGUGGGAGCAGAGGAUGUGUUUUGUGAGGGCGGUAGGGGAGACGUGUGA